CAACACUUCUUGUUUAGUGCUGCCGAGAGAGUAAGAAAACGUCGAAGAAGUUAGAAAAAUGGAGGUGAUACGAUCUCAGAAGCGGACAGCCUCCAACGACGUCGUUUCGAAUCCCAAGAUCCCGCUCUAUCUCACGGCUCCUCCGUUGGAAGUCCGAUUAGAAGAGUUCGAGCUCUUCGCCAUAGAUCGCUUACGAGUUCUGAAAGGGGUGUCAGAUGGAUUAGCCCGUGGGAAAAACCCAAAGGAGAUGGAUGAUGUGGUGGACGCGUUGUGGAAAGAACAUAUGAGACAUUCUGAUGCGUCUGAGAUGUUAAACAAGGAUAUCAUCUCGCAUUUCGUUAUACGUCUCGUUUAUUGCAGAUCGGAUGAGUUGAAGAAAUGGUUUCUUAGCAUGGAGACUGCUCUUUUCCGACACAGGUUCCGCCUUCGGAACUUUGAAGCUCAGAGAGCUAUUGUAGGAGAGUUUGGACUACCGUAUAAGGCAGUCACAGGAGCAGAGCUUGAGGUAACUGUUGGUUCCAGGACUGUGGUGUAUGUUCUUUCCUCUUGGUGGUUAUAUGUAGAAUCCAAAUAUUUGUAUUUUCUUGACCAUUUUCAGAGUUUGAAGGAGAGAUUGGGGCAAGUCGUACGUUCACUGGGUCAAAUUUCACCUUCUGUUGAAGCCGUAUACUAUAAGGUUCCUUUUGAAGAAGUUCCUGACCUUGUAGCUGGCCGGAGAGUACUUAUACAGAAAGGCCAUGCCUUUGUUGCUGGCAGUCAGUUGGUUUCCCUUGUUGUCACACAAUUUCGAUCUCAUAUAUCAAAAGCCCUCAUUCUGACAAACAGAAAAUGGAUGACUACCAUUCGAGAGCGAGAAAAAGACAGACUGACUCCAAUAGUGGAAGCGUUAUCUACAACCUACGUGGGUCCUGAUUAUUCUCAGUCAAGUGAGUACGCUGACAUAUCACUCAAGGACAUUGAUCAAGUUUCCAAGAGUUCCUUUCCACUUUGUAUGAGGCAUCUAUUUGAAAAACUUCGAGAAGACCACCAUCUAAAACAUGGAGGAAGAAUGCAACUGGGUCUGUUUUUGAAGGGUGUGGGUCUGAAGCUGGAUGACGCCCUAGCAUUUUGGAGAGCAGAAUUCUCAAAAAAGGUUGGCUCUGAGAGAUUUGAUAAAGAGUAUGCGUAUGGCAUUCGCCAUAACUACGGGAAGGAAGGCAAGAGAACGGAUUAUACCCCUUAUGCUUGUCAGAAGAUCAUUUCAUCUGCUCCUGGCGCUGGGGAUCAUCAUGGCUGUCCUUAUCGACAUUUCAGUGAGGAUAACCUGAGAGCAGCACUUGGUAGAAUGGGAUUGAGUUCUCGUGGAAUGGAAGAUGUAAUGGAUAAAGUGCGCAACAAACACUUUCAGCUUGCAUGCACAUUGACCUUUGAAGCUGUUUAUGGUACAUCGUGUGAUGUUGGUAUCAACCAUCCAAACCAAUACUUCGAGGAGAGUCAGAAGAUUUUGAAAUCCAAGACGCCAGCUGCUCCGGUUUAAUCCUUCUCCUUUGUAUGUGUUUAAUGUAGUAGAUUAUGAAGCCAAGUUGAAAACUAAAGUUGAUGGAAAAGCUGUUUGAUUAUAUAUUUAUCGUUUCAUAAAAAAUAAGCCUAUUUACUUACUGUCCGAAAAUUGGGUGGUUGUAAAUUUAAAAUGGUUUGUACUUCCAUCUAUGUAAAAAUUAAAGAUGCACCCGUC